GCACUGUUGUAUGUAUUUUAUGUUGAAGGGAAAAAAAAACAAAGCUCUUUUAUUUUUAGUGCAUCGGAAUUCGGUUUAAAUGAUACGAAAAGUUCGUAGUGCUUCUACUACUCAGGAAUAUCGUGUCAGCUGUUUUUGACAAUUCCUAUAACUACAUUAACAGUUUUCUCAGGCAGAUAAUACGAUUAACAAAGCAAAACUACGCGUAUUCCCAGCAUGACGAGCAAACAUAUUUAUUCAACCACAAAUUUAUCUGACCUGCAAUUGAAAGAGCAGGGCAAUAUUUUAUUUGCAGCUCGCAAAUAUGACGACGCUAUUAUUUGUUACUCCAAGGCCAUAAUUAAGAAUCCAACUAAUGCAACUUAUUUUACAAAUCGAGCCCUAUGUAAUCUAAAACUAAAGCGUUGGGAGCUCUGCUGUCAGGAUUGUCGACGAGCAUUGGAUAUUGAUGGGAACCUGCUAAAGGGCCACUUUUUCUUGGGGCAAGGUCUGAUGGAGAUUGACAGCUAUGAUGAAGCUAUAAAGCAUCUACAGCGUGCCUAUGAUUUGUCAAAGGAACAAAAGCAGAACUUCGGAGAUGACAUUACUUUGCAGCUGCGAUUGGCACGCAAAAAGCGAUGGAAUGUUAUGGAAGAAAAGCGCAUACAUCAAGAAAUCGAGUUGCAAAGCUAUUUGAACCGUUUAAUCAAAGAUGAUAUGGAAAAUCGUUUAGCCAGCUUGAAGUUAAAUGAAAAUUUGAAUGAAGAAAAUCUUAAGGAUAAACAGCAGGAGAUUGAGCAAGAAAGUGAUGACAACAUCAAAGAGCUGAAUAACAUAUUUGCUAAAGUUGAUGAACGUCGAAGGAAACGUGAUGUGCCAGAUUUUCUUUGUGGAAAAAUUAGUUUUGAAAUAUUAACUGAUCCUGUGAUUACACCAUCGGGAAUCACAUAUGAGCGCAAGGAUAUUGAGGAGCAUUUGCAGCGUGUUGGCCACUUUGAUCCUGUGACACGAGUUAAACUCACCCAGGAUCAGUUAAUACCAAAUUUUUCAAUGAAGGAAGUUGUCGAUUCAUUUAUUGCUGAGAAUGAAUGGUCUUUAGAUUACUAAGUCGUUGUUAUUAAUGAGCAACACUAAAAUAUACUGUAUAUUGUAAUUAUAUCGCUGUUGGAAGCAGUAAAAUAUAGUAAAAGGUCAAGAAACACUUGAGGAUAUUCAUUGAAUAGGCAUAGUUCAGAACUUUAUGUAAAUUAUAUAUUCUGAUAAUGAUAAGAUCGGUUUUCUCGACCAAAAGAAAUGUAUAUCUUAAUAAAAAUUAAUUGGCAUAAAUAAAA